AUGGAGAGCACAGGGGAAUUAGUACCGUUUCCACUGCUGAACGAGUCGAAUUAUAGGGCAUGCACAAUUCCGCACAGGUUCGCAUCCGACAAUCCGAAGAAGCCUACGCCCACUGAACUCUCUUGGAUCAACAUCUUCCUCAACUCAGUUCCCUCGUUCAAGAAGCGUGCCGAGAGUGAUGAUACGGUUCCUAAUGCUCCUGCCAGAGCCGAAAAAUUUGCUCAAAGAUAUGUGGAAAUACUUGAGGAUUUAAAGAAAGAUCCUGAAAGCCACGGUGGCCCACCAGAUUGCAUUCUACUUUGCCAGAUUCGUGAGCAAGUCCUGAGAGAACUGGGAUUCAGAGACAUAUUCAAAAAGGUUAAGGAUGAAGAAAAUGCCAAGGCAAUAUCCUUAUUUAAAGAUGUAGUUGAUCUUAAUGAUGCUAUCGAGGAUGAGACCAAGCGUGUUCAGAAUUUGGUUAGAGGAAUCUUUGCUGGAAAUAUAUUUGAUCUUGGCUCUGCACAGCUUGCGGAGUUAUUUGCAAAGGAUGGCAUGUCUUUUCAAGCUAGCUGUCAAAACCUUGUCCCUCGACCCUGGGUUAUUGAUGACCUUGACAAUUUCAUAUCUAAGUGGGGCAGAAAAUUAUGGAAAAAAGCUAUAAUUUUUGUAGAUAAUUCUGGCGCAGAUAUUAUUUUGGGUAUAUUGCCAUUCGCUAGAGAGUUACUUCGACAUGGUGUACAGGUUGUAUUGGCAGCAAAUGAUUUACCUUCUAUCAAUGACGUAACUUACCCUGAACUAGUUGAUAUUAUCAUGAAGUUAAAGGACGAGAAUGGGAAGCUUGUGGGGGUUGAUACUUCAAAUCUUUUCAUCGCCAACUCGGGUAAUGAUUUGCCGGUCAUUGAUCUUACAAGAAUAUCGCAAGAACUUGCCUACUUGGCAAGUGAUGCUGACUUAGUGAUUAUGGAGGGAAUGGGCCGUGGAAUUGAGACUAACCUCUAUGCUCAGUUUAAAUGUGAUUCCCUGAAAAUUGGCAUGGUGAAGCACCUGGAGGUUGCACAAUUCCUGGGGGGGAGGCUUUAUGAUUGUGUUUUCAAGUACAACGAAUUUUUGGGUUAA